AUGUCAAGCCUUACUCUUCUGCUAUGGCUUUUCAUGGCCACAACAAUUCUAGCACAAUCUGAAAACGAACAAGUCCUUGACACAAAAGGCAACCCUGUUGAGAGUGGCAAAGAGUAUUACAUAAAACCAGCUAUAACAGAUAAUGGAGGCCGUUUCACUUUGAUAAGCCGAAACACUUCAUGCCCUUUAUAUGUAGGUCAAGAAAACACCGAUCUUGGAAAAGGGUUACCUGUUAUCUUCACCCCUUUUGCAAAAGAAGAUAAAGUUAUUAACGUCGGCAGUGAUUUCAAGGUGACAUUUUCAGCUUCUUCAAUUUGUGUACAAUCCACUGAAUGGAAAGUGGGUGAUAGAGACAGUAAGAGCGGAAGGAGGCUUAUUAUAACAGGAACCGAUCGUUAUAACUAUUUUAGAAUCGCCAAGACUCAAGGUAUAUAUAACAUUGAGUUUUGUCCCUCUGUGUGUAACACUUGUAGGUUUGCUUGUGGAACUUUGGGUGCUUUGCGUGAGAAUGGCAAGAUUUUAUCAGCUUUGGAUGGUAAUAAGCUCCCAGUUGAGUUUAUAAAGGCAUAA